GUUGCCAGGGCGACGGCUGCGUGGCAACGGGCUGGCAGCGGGGACCGCCCGCCGCGGAGCCGCGCAGCGCCGGGCGCAGCUCCGGGCACGGCGGCGCCGAGCGGGCACGGCAGAGCCGAGCGCUGCCCUCCGCGCUGGAUGCUGCGGGGCCGCCCGGGAGCAGCCGCGCUCCGCCGCCCCCCGCCCGCACAGCCGCGGCCGCCGCUCCCGGGAGCCGCAGCGCUCGCUCGCUCUUCGCCGCCGGGGCCGGCGCGGAGCGGAGAUGGUGCCGCUGGUGCGGGGCGCCGGGGGCUCCCACCAGUGGCUGGCGAUCGUUUUCCUCGGCCUGUGCUGGUUCCUUCCCUCCGGGAGAUUCGCCGCGCCGGGAGGAGACUUCCCGGGCUCCGCCGUGGACAAUCUGGUGGUCAGGAAAGGGGACACGGCCGUGCUGAGGUGUUACUUGGAGGAUGGAGCGUCCAAGGGGGCCUGGCUGAACCGCUCCAGCAUCAUCUUCGCGGGCAGUGACAAGUGGUCCGUGGACCCCCGCGUGUCCAUCGCCACGGCCAACCGCAGGGAGUACAGCCUGCAGAUCCAGGACGUGGACGUGACGGACGACGGGCCCUACACCUGCUCCGUGCAGACUCAGCACACCCCCAGGACCAUGCAGGUGCACCUCACUGUGCAAGUCGCUCCCAACAUAUUCCGGAUCUCCAGCGACAUCACCGUGAACGAGGGCACCAACGUCACCCUGAUGUGCCUGGCCACGGGGAAGCCGGAGCCCUCCAUCUCCUGGAGACACAUCUCCCCCUCCGCCAAGCCCUUUGAGAGCGGGCAGUACCUGGACAUCUACGGGAUCACCAGGGACCAGGCAGGGGAGUACGAGUGCAGCGCAGAGAACGACGUCUCCGUGCCAGACGUGAGGAAAGUCAAAGUCACAGUCAACUUUGCCCCCACAAUUCAGGAACUUAAAUCCAGCGGUGUGAUGCUUGGAGGGAACGGCCUGAUCCGGUGCGAAGGUGCAGGAGUGCCUGCCCCGCUCUUUGAGUGGUUCAAAGGAGAGAGGAAACUGAUCAAUGGUCAACAAGGAAUCACUAUUAAAAAUUAUAGUACGAGAUCCCUUCUUACUGUUACCAAUGUGACAGAAGAGCACUUUGGCAACUAUACUUGUGUCGCUGCCAACAAGCUAGGGACGACCAAUGCCAGCCUGCCUCUCAACCCUCCCAGCACAGCCCAGUACGGGAUCACCGGGCACGCCGAGGUGCUGUUCUCCUGCUGGUCGCUGGUGUUGACGCUGUCCUCCCUCAGCAGCAUAUUCUACCUGAAGAACAUCCUUCUGCACUAAAUGUAAAGACCAUAAAAGGCUUUCAAGGAUUCUCUGAAAGUGCUGAUGGCUGGAUCCAAUCUGGUAGAGUUUGUUAAAAGCAGCGUGGGAUAUAAUCAGUGCUUACACGGGGAUGAUCGCCUUCUGUAGAAUUGCUCAUUAUGUAAAUACUUUAAUUCGACUCCUUUUUUUUUGAUUAGCUGCAUUACCUUGUGGAGCAGUACACAUUGUCCUUUUUUAAGACGUGAGAACUCUGAAAUUACUUUUAGAGGAUAUUAAUUGUGAUUUCAUGUUUGUAAUCGACAAGUUUUCAGAAGCAUUCAGUCAUGGUCUGCUGAGUCGCAGACUGUAGUUUACAAAAAAAAAAAAGGAUAUUGCAGUAAAAAUGUGCUUCUUUAAGGCUGCAAUACAAACAUUCAGUUCCCUUCUCAACUACCAUUCUAUCCAAACUUACACAGAAACAUUUGUUCUUUUUUGAGAUAAAAAAAAAAAAAUCAAAUGACAUUGCCUUCAAAAUAUUUCCUCAAAAUAUUACACAUAUCUAGAUUUACUUCUAGCAUGAUAUUCAGGUUUCAAGAAUGAGCCUUGUACUAUAACUGCACUGCGCAGUACUGCUUCUGUUCUCUUCCCUCUUUCCUGCCAAUUCAGCAUGGUUGUGCCUUCAUGAAACACGACUUUCCUCUUCCUCUCCAGCCAAUCUGGAAUGUGUUUUGGGAAAUGCUGAAGCAUCCUUUUGAGCAUAAGGAACCCCCGGUGAGGACAGAGGCGCCACGGGCUCCGAGGAAAGGCUCCUCUCCGGGGCAGAGCUCCAGGGUGGCACCAGCUCCCCCUUGUUCCUCCCUCCUCCACCACUGACCAGUGGGUGACCUCUGUAAAAACCACAUUUCCCGUUAGAAAACAGAACCCAAAUUAUUCUGGGGCGUCUUUAGGAUGUCAGAAUGUUCCCCUGAAGCCAAACUCCCACCUGGCUGGAGACGUCAGGGCCGUCCCUUUUUGUAUCACUGGCAAGGCCGACGUGAACCGGUGUUUUUCUUGCACUCAGUUUUGUACUGGUUUGGCCGACUUAGCGAUGAUAAAGGAUGCUUUGAGCCACGAGACACCUGCACAUCCCUGGAGAACCAGGCAGAACUUCCCAACUCCACACACCCCUGUGGCAGCCAGGGUGCCCCUCCUGAGGGGCUGUCCCGGGAGAGCCACCCGGGCAGGGGGGCCUGGGGACACUGCCAGCCCUGACACUGCGUCCCCGUGCUGCAGCCUCGGGAGGACACUGCUGCCACACGCUGCCACACGCUGCCACACGCUGCCACACGCUGCCACACGCCUCCCACUCAGAAAUGGUGUCACUCCCUUUGCCCUGCCCUGUGAGAGGGGCUGCUCACAGCUCCCCCCUGGCCGAGAGCUGUGGGUCACUGCCAUGGCCUGGCCAGCAGCCCUCGGACACCAGAGCCCCUGGGGGCCCCAACAGCUCCUGGCUCGCCCACAAACAAAAUUCCUGCUGACAGCAGGAAAAACAAAACUGUUAGCACAGAAUCCCAGGCUGGGCUGGGCUGGGCGGGACCCCAAAGCCCAUCCCACCCCUGCCAGGGAUGGGACAGGGACAGGGACAGGGACAGGGACAGGGACAGGGACAGGGACAGGGACACACUUCCACUCUGCCAGGCUGCUCCGAGCCCUGUCCAGCCUGGCCGUGGGUGGGACAGCACCACUUUCACUGUGAUCAUCCCCAGAUUCCGGUAGGUGACACAAAUUCCCAGCUCCCCGUUUUCCCUCUCCAGGCGGGUUUUGGCAGUGAGCAGCACCAGCUGAGCACUGGGAAUGCUCAGCAGUCCCCAAUCCCAUUUUUUGAACAAGGAGGACUCUGAGUUUUCUGGGCUCAGUCCGAACUGUCCCAGGCCAGUGUGCAGCCAGAACGUGCAGUGCCUCUGCUGCCCCUGCUGGGAAAGGGCAGGAACAGAGAUGUUCACUCCAGAAGACGGCAAUAAAACUCCUGGGUCACUGUGCAUGUGCUCAGUGACAGACUGUAUUAUCUCUCUUGUAUGUACAGCCAUGUGCCAAGCAGUUGCUGUUUUCAGAAAUGUGGCAUUUUUUAAAACCUGGAAUAACAUGAACAAACCCAUUCUGCAAGGAAAGGGUACAAACUCAACUCAGAUGAGUUUGCCAGUCCUGAUAUCCCAAUGCCUCUUGUAUUGCAGCUUUAAAGUGCUCUAUUUUAGAAUCCAUUCACUAGAAGCAGUGGUGCUGCAGGAAGUCUUGUGUCAGUGCAGUUCUAUGAAGGAAAAAAUAAGGAUGUGGAUAACCCAACCCAUAUGUGUAAAAUCGGGAGGGGGUUCUAUGCUGUGGCUGGAUCAAACCCUGCAUUCCAAUGAUACAUUGCAUUCCAGUGAUUCCUGAUAUUUGGAACCUGAUCUUUCCAGCAACAGAAUAGAAUGAGCAGCAGCUUUAUUAAAUAUGGAAAAAAAGAAUAUACAGUGAAGUGUUGAAUGUUUGCAUUCGCACCAGUGAGAGCCACUGGGUGACGAGGAGGAGAUCCCCUGUCCCACGCUGGAUCCUCCCUUGGUGGGGACAUCCUUCUUGUCAAGCCCAAAAGGAAAACCCAAACCCACAGGGACAGCGGGACUGGGAGCCGUGUCUGGGGUGUUUUUGUGAGGCAGGAUGUGCUGGGCAGGGCUGGGGUGAGAGGGGCAGGCA